GCCGCCUAGCGGGGCCGGGGAGGCUGACGGGAGCCGCCAUCUUCUCGGCGUGAGCCGGUUCCGAGCGGCUCCCGGGGCCGGUGCCGGCAGGACGGGACGUGGUGCGGAAAUCUGAAAGGAGAGCCCUACCUAUGAAGAGAUGACAUGUAAAGUUGCAGAUAACUCGGAAGCUUGCGCCACUCCAGACACUGACAGUGACCAGGAAUGGGAACAGGAACACUACCGACUGGGAAGUUUUGUUGCAUUUCCUCUUGGCUGUCCAGUUUCCGCAACAGCGCUGGCACGAGCUGGCUUUGUUUAUACUGGAGAAGGUGACAAAGUGAAGUGCUUCAGUUGCCAUACAACUGUGGAAGGAUGGGUGCCUGGGGAUUCUGCAGUUCAGAGACACAAAAAGCUCUCCCCACAUUGCAGAUUUAUUACUGAAUCUACUUUUUUGGAAACUAACAUGCAUCCUCUUGACCAGAACUACCAGCAUAGAACUGAAAAUGGUUCCAGCAAUUCAGCUCUCCUGUGUGCUCUGGAUGACACAUCUGAUGUGGAGGCAGAUUACCUUUUGAGGACUAGACAGGUUGUGGAUAUGUCAGAUAACUUCUAUCCUAAAAUCCCCGCUAUGUGCAGCGAAGAGACACGAUUGAAGUCUUUCCACAACUGGCCCCUCGAUGGCCAGUUGACACCAAAGGAAUUGGCUAAUGCUGGAUUCUAUUAUAUGGGUGUUGGUGAUAAAGUGGCAUGUUUUUGUUGUGGUGGAAAACUGACAAACUGGGAACCCGGUGACAGAGCUUGGUCAGAACACCAGAGGCAUUUCCCCAGAUGCCUUUAUGUCCUGGGCCGGGAUGUUGGAAAUGUUCCAAGUGAAUCUGUUCCUGCUGAGAUUGGGAGCAGUGAUCUGAACAAUGCACAGUAUCCAAGGAAUCCAUCUAUGGCAAAAUACAGAAAGCGUUUACAAACAUUUUUGACCUGGAUAUAUCCUAUUGACAAGGAGCAGCUUGCUGAAGCUGGGUUCUAUAGUAUAGGUAAUGGUGAUCAUGUUCUGUGUUUCCACUGUGGGGGAGGAUUGCAGGAAUGGAAGGAGAAUGAAGACCCAUGGGAACAGCAUGCCAAAUGGUUUCCUGGGUGCAGAUUUGUGAGAAAGGAAAAGGGGAUAGAAUUUAUAAAUAAUGUUCACUUAAGAGAUGCAUGUGGGGAUUCAACAACAGAAGCUGCAGAAGGGACAGCACUUCCUACAGAUCUCAGCACGGAAGAGAAGCUAAGACGCUUGCAGGAAGAAAAGCUCUGUAAAAUCUGUAUGGCUAAAGACGUAUCAGUCGUCCUCAUUCCCUGUGGCCACCUCAUUGCCUGUAAGGAGUGUGCCGAAGCACUUGAUAAAUGCCCUCUGUGUCGUGCAAAUAUAAUGAAGAAACAGGAAAUAUUUAUGUAUUAAUGAAAAACACAGCACUGUGGAUUAAUGUUUCCUGGUUUAUUUUCUUUAAUUAGGUGUCAUGGAAUGCAAACAAUGCAUUACAGUUUCAGUCUGUAAUCACAUGGCUGCAUUGAGAAUUUCCUGCUGUCAAACUUUACGUAUCUUUUAACAUUUUAAAAAUCGUUUUCCUUAAGGGAAUUUUGAAUAUUGGGAGGCAAAUGUAUAGAUUCUGUAAUUUGAAUUCAUAAACCUGAUUUGGGAAAUCCUAAGUAAUGCAAAGCUGUAUUUAUGUAGUCAUUCCUUUGCUUCACUUUGGUAGGACUCGGUAUGACUGAAGCUCAUGCAAAUACAGUUGUAUAGAGAGUCUGGCCCUAUGUAACAAUUGUAAAUAAGUGAAUUAAAAUAUUAUUAUAUACACAUGUAUUAUAGCUGAGAUUUUAACUUCUCAAAGAUGUUUUGUACUAUUGAAAAUGUUUAUUUCUGUAGCUUUGGUUGUGACAUAAUUCAGAGAAUAUGUGUAAAGCUGCUGCUGCAGUGUAUCACCUUCUGCUCUCUGCUACUACUGUGUAAGUUUGUCUGCUUUGAUAGACAAUUCCUGUCUCUCCAUUUUUUUUGGGGGGGGGGCUUUGCUUAAAUUGGCUGGUUUUUACAAACCUAUAUAUGUGUACAUCAAUUUCAUUCCUUAAACCUAUAUAUGUGUACAUCAAUUUCAUUCCUUAAACCUAUAUAUGUGUACAUCAAUUUCAUUCCUUAAACCUAUAUAUGUGUACAUCAAUUUCAUUCCUUAAAAGAGAACUCAAGAGAAAUGAAGGAGAUUUUACCUACAUUGUGCCCUUUGUGAAGGAGCCGUCUCAUUUUAAUCCUGUCCCUUACCCAAAAAGGCUUCAUUUUUUAGGGACUAUUUUAGUGAGAGUCACCUCAAAAUAUUUAAUAAACUAUUUCUUACUGGACUGAUCCUCAAUUUUCCAAUUAACAAAACAUCACAGCAUUGUAUUUAAUUCCACCUGGUUUGCCAUCACUCUGGUUAAUUAUGGGACUUACUUAUUUCGUGGAGCUACUAGUAUGUUCUGUGUAUGUAUUUUUUAUCUUUGAGUCCUACACACUAAGAGGUUCAGAAUAUAGACUAUGCAGAAUAUAGUUUUUUUCAGAUGAUGCAAGUUUCACAUUUAAUGUGUACAGAAAUUGAAUGUCUACUUUUUCUACUUUUUUACAUGAGCACUGUGGCUAGGUGCUGAUGGAAUGUUAUGAAUAGUUAAAGUGCAACCCAGUUUCUCCUUGAUCAGCAGAUUUGAUUCUCACAUGCAGGAAAAUAAUCGCAACAGAAGGUUGCUAUCUAUUGCCUUUUUUUCUUUGUAACUCAACAGCUACUAGUUUAACCUGAGUGUUAUUAAGGAUAACAUAUAUUUUAAUUGGAGAAGGGAUAAAAUCUAUUGUUUGUAUGAAUUCAUUGUAUAAAUGCAUUGAUUAUAAAAUUAAAGUAUGUUAAUUUUGC